CGGUUUUUCUUGUCCGUUUUUUUUUCAUUGAAGCCUUGUGGCUGCAUGUGAUAACCAGACUGGAAGAACAUGUAUCUUGGAGAUAGCCAUGUUUCCGAAUGGUGUCUGCAGCACUUCGAAGCGACUUGGGAAAAGCCCGCUCUUCUCCAUGAGGACAAGCUGAAACACACCGAUGCGUUUCUGAGGGUUCCUGAAAGACCGGCCUACUUUCUCGUUGUCCGGUUGCCUGCCGGUUUGUUUGACCGUUACCCUUGAUUAACCUAUCGAGAGGGUUAUUUCCUGCUACAGUAAAAGGUUUCGCAGGUUGAAAUGCCCGUAUUCGUCGCUCUCAAGCUCACGAUGCUGGCACUCACGGUGCUGGACAGCCAAGGAGCACAAAUUGACAUUCCCGGCGACAUCAUCAUAGGAGGCCUUUUCCCUGUGCACCACAGGUCUGGCCGCAGCGGUUGCGGCCCUAUAAACGGCGAACGUGGCAUUCAGAGACUGGAAGCCAUGUUGUUUGCCUUAGACCGAAUCAAUCAAGACCCUUCUUUGCUAGGCGGAAUAUCACUCGGAGCAAAGAUACUCGAUACUUGUUCGAGUGGCGAGCACGCAUUGAAGCAGACGCUGCAGUUCGUCGAUCCACCGGUUGACACGGGAAGACUCAAGUGCGCAGACGGGUCAGUGCCCAGUCUAGAUAAGGACAAGCAGAAAAUUACGGGAAUAAUCGGCGGUUCCUACAGCGAGGUGUCCCAGAAAGUGGCCAGUUUCCUAAGGCUCUUUCACUUGCCCCAGAUCAGCCCGGCGUCCACGGCCAGCUCACUGGGUGACAAGACCCGUUACGACCUCUUCGCGAGAACAGUUCCCCCGGACACACUGCAGGCGCACGUCAUGGCAGAUAUCGUUCACUACUUCAACUGGACUUACGUGUCGCUCGUGACGUCCGAAGGCGUGUAUGGCGACUCCGGCAUGACGUCAUUUCUGAGAGACGCCAGGACAGGUAACUUUUGCGUCGCAGUUGUGGAAGUAGUACCUCGUCUGACGGACGAGGCUACCUUCGAUGGCAUCAUCCAAAGUUUAUUACGACGACCACUGGCUCGUGUAGUAGCUCUAUUCACGCACGGCCAGGAUUCACGCGCUCUCUUGGCAGCCGCCAAACGAGCCAACGUCAGCAGUCACUUCAUGUGGUUGGCCAGCGACGGGUGGGGUACGCAGGCGCAUAUUGUCGAAGGCCUGGAGGACCAAGCCGAAGGUGCCAUCACCAUCGAGCUUGACUCCAAGGUUAUUCCUGAAUACGACGCGUACAUGAAGAACCUCACAGUGGAAAAUAACGAGCGUAACCCCUGGUUCAGGGAGUACUGGGAGGACAUGUUUCAGUGCAGCGUGGACGCUGACAACACGUCGGCGGCCUGCGCGGUUUCUUUGCGUCUCGACGAGUCCGCCGGAUACCGCCAGGGUGCUAAAAUACAGUUCGUGGUGGAUGCAGUGUACGCUUUAGCGCAUGCUCUGGAUGAGGCCUCGAAACAACUUUGUCGGGGACAAAAUGAAAGCUACUGCGAGGCCUUCCGCAACCUCGACGGAGAGAGCCUCUACAUGAAUUACCUCUUGAACACUACUUUCGAAGAUCUCGUUGGCAGUGUGGUUCGUUUCGAUCAGCUCGGUGAUGGUCUGGUCCCUUACCGUAUCUACAACUACCGACGUCUGGAUAACAGUUCCAUCUACGACUACAUUCCUAUCGGCCGCUGGGAGCCGUACACACUGCACCUGGACUCCGAGAAAUACUCGUGGAGCACUGAAGAUAGCCGACCUCCAGUGUCGGUAUGCAGCUACGACUGCGCCCUGGGUCAGAUCAAAGUCAUCUCGCUGGACAACAAGUGCUGCUGGUUGUGCUCCGCGUGUAGGCCCCUAAAGACAGUAAUCGACGAGUUUACUUGCUCCAACUGAAAUCUCUGUGUUCUGAACCUUACGAGUAGUAAAGAACAAGGAGUGUUGGCUCAAGCAAUGAUGGUUCCUGACAGUUUAUACUGACAGGGCAAAUAAAGGCAAAUGUUGUUUUAUUCGCGUAUUCUCCCUUUCCACUUGCCUUACCGAUUAGCAGGCAGAUGAUAAGACGGAGAGAUUGAAGCAAUGCUGUUUAUUGAGCAAACAUCCACCCUUGAAAAAAACGAAAAAAACAAUGACGCCGAAGGUCAAGACGUGAUCGGGGGUCAUAAAGUGUGACAAGAAGGCGAACCCAAAUGACAAGGUCAUUUGAUCUCGCUUUGUUAUUAUUGUGGUACUAUCGUAACACAGCGUAUGGUUAUAAGGUGGCGUGGAUCUGCUUUUUCAGGGCUGGAAAAGGUUUCGGAGAAUGUUUGAUCAGACAUACGUUGUUAAUUCCCAUCAUAAUUAAACCUGAAUUAAGGCAAAAUAAUACUGGUUGAAAAAGCCGAAAGCAAUGAACCGCAAUAGAUUACGCAUUUUCCUAAUCUGCCACAUUAUAAACGAGACA